GGCCCGCUGUCGCUUUAGGGGAGAGACGCUGCGAGCUGGCGUGCGGGGGGAACUAAUUGAAUGGGACUUCAAAUACUGGUUGAUAAAAUAGACACAAAAUGGCAUAUAGAAGAGAUGAAAUGUGGUCUGAAGGGCGAUAUGAGUAUGAAAGACUUCCAAGAGAGCGACUCCCACCAAGAAUUCAUUCUGACGGUACACCGUAUGUAUUUGGCAACAUAAAACCUCAGGAGUCAGCAAAAUUUCUCCAUUUUCAACAAACUGGAAACCAGAUAAGUUUGAACAGGGAUGACUAUCAUAGAGUAGUUAAUGUUGCACCCAAGAAACCACCACUGCUAGAUAGACCUGCAGAAGGAAGUUACAGUAGAUAUGAUGAUUAUAGUCAUGUUGACUACAGAGACUAUGAGGAGGGCCGCAGUUUUGCCCAUGAACGAAGAAGUGGCCCACCACAUAGAGGGGAGGACCCAGGAUACAGAUGGCCAAGGGAAGACUAUUCCAUAAGUCGACAGCCCGAGUACAGGGAACUCAGAGAUGGCUUAAGAAGAAAAAGCUUCUAUCCUUCUCAUUAUUUGAGAGAGAGAUCCCCUCAUAAGAGGGACUCUCCUUUCUUCAGGGAAUCGCCUGUGAGCCGAAGGGAUUCUCCACACAGCAGAUCUGGCUCCAGUGUCAGCAGUAGGAGCUACUCCCCUGAAAGAAGCAAAGCCUAUUCUUUCCACCAGUCCCAGCAUAGCAGAAGUAUGUCAUCUUUACAUAAAAGAAAUAUUUCUCAGCAAGGUAAAGAGAGAUCUUCUGCUCCGUCACUGAAAACGUCAAGAGAUACAUCCCCAUCAGGUUCCACAGCAGUACCCUCUUCAAAGAUUUUGGAUAAAAGCAGCAGGCUAUCUGAAAAGGAACUUGCAGAAGCUGCAAGCAAAUGGGCAGCUGAAAAAUCAGAGAAGGCCGAUGAAAGCAAUUUACCUGAAAUUACUGAAUAUGAUGCGGGGUCCUCAGCUCCAUUAUAUGUUGAACGGACAGAAGAAACAGAGACAAAUAUAACAGAUAGUACAGAAUUAUAUGAAGACAACCAGCUCCUUGGCCGCUCAAAAGCAAUUGCAACAAAAACCAAAGAGAUUGAACAGGUUGCCUGAGCAGCCAGACCUGGAGAGAAGAGCUGGUAGCUAUGGCUAGUUCAGCUGUUGCGAGAUGGAACUAACUGUUUCUCUGGACUCCAGGGAAUCAUAAAAAAGAAUCAGAUACAUCUAGUGGUGUGGGGAGUGAAAGAAGUGCUGCUGUGAAGGCAGAGGAGCUGCUCUCGGGACUGCUCCUAGCCUAGCAGAUUCUGAGCCAAAGUCCAGCUACGGCAAAGGAGGAACUGCCUGGCUUGAACGAAGAAGGACUGUGCUGAGACCAAGGGAUUGUAAUCACAGUAAAAACUACUUUUUGUUUUUCCAAAGUGAAUUAUUGGCUGAAAGAAACAGCCUUGUGUGGUUUGUGAACAGUUGGGCUAGGUGGAAGGAAUGAGUUGUGCAUUUGUGUUGUAUUUGGACCUGUGGCCAAAGGAAGCAGAUUUAUUUUCCAGUAUUGAGUCGGGAAUGUUUUUUCUUUUCUUUUUUUGCACCUUACUUAAGUGGGCUGUGACCCCCCCAAUGCUCAAGAGAGUGUGAUGGUUCCAUUACACAGUGCCAAAAGCAUAUACUGAGCCAGUCUACCACUAUAAGCAUAUACUAGGCCACUCUACCAUUGCAAAUUCAUAUGGUCCUUUUGAUAACAAGAAAUCUAGUGUAGAAAAAUCAUUUAAUCUGUAAUCUUGAUGAAAAAUUACUUAGCUCUCUUUGAGAGGAGAAUUUGAUUUUUAGACCCCAAAAUACUUAUCUUCCAUCUCCUAUACUGUCAAUGUGUGCUAUUGUUACCGAGAAUCAUAGUAAGUCACUAUUCUAUUCUAUUCUAUUCUAUUCUAUUCUAAUACCGUGCCGCAGUACCUGAGUGCCUUCCAGUACUGCAUUAAGCAGCAUGACAAUGUAUCUGUUAUGUGUUGUUUUUUUCUCUCAUCCUCUCCCUAGAGGGCAAAGUAUGUGCCGUGGAAAGUCUUAGUUUGAUAGUAUGUGGUUUUGUUUUGGUUUGUAUUAUAGGCAAACCUGUUGCUUUGAGUUUAUAUUAGAGAAGACCAGUAAUGUGCCUUGCACUUUGAGUGGUAAGUGAUGAGGUUUGUGAAGGUCCUUAGUUCUUGGAGGAAUGUAUUCCAUAGUCUAGGACCACCCCUGGAGAAAGUUCUGUCUCCCACAUAAGGGAGCUUUACUCUUAUUGUCGAGAGUUCCAUUGCAUCAGAGAAGCACAAUUAUUGACAACAGUCCUCACCCUGGAGCUUGAGAUAAUCUUUUAGAUAUCCUGGCCCAGGCCACGGAGCACUUAGAAGUUAAGGACUGAGAUCUUGAACUUCAUUAAAAAUUCUGUGGGAGGCCACUGUAGAGGACAGAUCUGAUGUGCUCACAGUAACCUGUGUAACUGGGGAGACAUGCUGCAUGUUCUGUAGUAGUUAGAGUUUUCUAAGUGCUGAAGGCUUCAUGCCCAGAUAUAUUGCACUGCUAUAGUCCAGCUGAGAGGUGACAAAGAUAUGAAUAGCUGAAUUCAGGUCUUUGUCCCCCAGGAACAGAUGAAGUUUCCUAGCCAAGCUGGUAGCAGCAUCCACGAGCAGUGCUUUCAAUGUGAGAGUGUAGCAUCAGUAAGCAAUCCAACUUCCCUUCUACACUCUGGCCUGAAACAACGAAUUGUAGGUGUGUAUUUUCAGCCAAUGGAGACUACACAGCUAUUCAGAAUAUUUUCCUCUGCCCACCAGCAUCACCUCUGUUUUGCUCGAGUCCAGCUUCAGCAGCUUUUCUUCAUCCGUGAGGUGAUCUUAUCCAAGCACUGGGCUAUGUUGGUGGUCAUAUGCAGUGAAGAAUAGGCAGAACUGUGUGUCAUCUGCAUAUUGCUGGCACCUGAAUCCAUGUUUUCUGACCAGUUAAGUUAGUGGUUGCAGGUAGCUGUUGAAAAUGACUGAAGAAGAGUUGAUCCUUGUGGAAGUCCACAAGAGAGGGUUUGAUGAUGGAGGUGCACUUUUCCAUCUCUAAUCAUUGGGUGCAUCCCUUCAGGAAGAAUUCAAACUAUUUUAGUGCAUUAUGCUGGACCCCGAUAUCUCUCGCCUGUGAAUCAGCAGACUAUCAUGGUCAACAGUGUCAAAUUCUGCAGGGGGGUCAAGAAGGGUAAGAAUGGAUGUCUGCCCUCUCCUCCAUUGACAAAAAGAAAUCACCCAACAGCGCCACUACAGCAGUUUUGGUUCUUGGGUCUGGCUUAAAUUCAGAUACUGUUGGGUCUAGACUGUUAGCUUCAGUUAGAUGAGCUUGUAGUUGGCCUCUUGCUAUCGUCUCUGUCAGCUUGCUAUGGAAUGGGAGUUUUGACAAUGGGCAACAGUUGCCUAGAAUGGAAGAGUUUAGUCUUCAGUGUUGGUCAGACUGUUGCACAUUUGAUAGAAUUAGGGAAGAUUCCUUCUCUGACUGAGGCAUUGGCUAUUUUGAUCACUAGUGGCUGUGAGUAGUGCUUUCUACUAUCUCCUGUUGACUAAAAGACGCUAUCCCUUUCUGGUGGAUGAAGACCUGGCUUCAGUUAUGCUUGCCUUCAUCUUGGCUGGGCAACAGCAAUGCGAUAUGCCAAGGCGUGAAACUGUCAGCACUUAAGAAACUCAAACUGGUAAGAAAUACUGCAGUGCAUCUCCUUAGCAAUACAUACUACCAUGAGUACAUCAUAUCUUCUCUCCACUCUCUACACUGGCUUUCCAUAGAAUUUUGAAUCAAGUUCAAGGGUCUUGGUCCUUAUUUUCAAAGCUCUGUAUGACCUGGGACCAGGCUAUCUACAAGAUCAUCUAAAGUUCCAAGACAAAGACCGUAAUUGAUAACUUUACUCCUCUGGCACAAUGGAACUCUCAACAGGAAGAGUAAAGCUCAGUGUGGGAGAGGAAAUGGGACUGAAGGAUGAACUCUCCAUAGAACUGUACCUCAAAUCUCACCACUUUCCACUUCAAGUGCAAGGCACUUUUCUUUGACCUGGCCUUCUCUAAUAUAAACACCAACCAACUAACUUAUUUAACUAAGAAGAAGAAGAGGAAGAAGAAGAAGUUAAAAAUCCCCUAUCAAACCAAAACAUUCAACAGCAUGUGCUUCUCCCUUUGGGGGGAGGAUGAGAGAACAAGCUUGUGACAGACAUGUAGUCAUGUUGCUUAAUGUACUGCUGAAAGGUGCUCAAAUAUGUGAUGAGUGCAGUAUAAAAACUUAUAUGGAAUAGAUAGUGUGGCACUAGUUGUUCAUAACUCUCUUUCACAAGCCAGGACAGGUAUGGGUCGGAGUCACAAGUGGGUUGAGACUCCUUUAGGGUAUCCAGAAUAUCUUGAUGGGUGAAUGUACUGAAUUCUGGAAAUGCAGGUAGACAUAGUUUUGGUGUGUAUAGGCGAAGUGAAUCCAUACUGUUUGAAAAGGCUUCCGGAAUUUUACAUGACUCUCUGCAGUUUCUCCCUGGUUGAAACAAUCAAUCAGUGUUUACAUUUGCAUUUCGAAUAAAAUGAUAGGUUAUAAAUUA